AUGAAGGGGAAGCCAAUAAGAAAGGACGCUUACGUGGUUGUUCACACGCAGUCAUGCACCAGAUUCUUCACAACACAAGAAGAAGGUGGGAGCAACCCUUUGUGGAACGAAAGGUUCAUGGUGGAUGGAGCCAAGUGCGUGACGUUGGAGGUGCAAUGCAAGACGUGGUUGGGCGUUCGAAGCGUGGGAGCUGCACGAAUACCGGUUGAUGAUUUUCUUGGCGGUUUUGUGGCAGGGAAUAAUAGGGUUCAGUUCUUGAGUUAUAGGCUUUGGGAUGGGAAGGGUCGGAGAAACGGGGUUAUCAAUUUCUCAGUGAGGGUGGUAAAGGCUUCAACAGAGUGUGAUGAAGAGAGAACCAUGGUGGACAUUCAAAAGAAUUUCCCAAGCUCUGGUGGAGUUGUUACUGGCAUUCCAGUUUUCUGGUCAGUCUAAUGGUAAAGAAAUAUGCAUAGGAUCUUCAAGUUAUUAUAUUAAAAAAAAUCAAGAUUAAUAUGGUUUUGUAAUUGAUUUCUAUGAGAGAAUCUGAUUGAUAAUUAGAUCAUCUAAUUAUGUAAACACAAAGUAGACAAGUAAUA